AUGGUUCAUUCUGACUUGAAAGUCAAAGAACCCGAUUCACCUUCUGCAUCCAGUCAUCUGUUACUAAAUGGAAAUGAUGAUCUGGUGGGGAAAAAUGAGGAAACGGGGUCUGAGAACAGCCUGUGCAACCAGUACGAGGAGAAGGUGCGGCCCUGCAUUGACCUCAUCGACUCCCUGCGCCUGGGUGUGGAGCAGGGCCCGGCCCCGCCCGCCAUCGCUGUCACUGGGGACUAGAGUUCGGGCAAGAGCUCCGUGCUGGAGGCUCUGUCGGGGGUCGCCCUUCCCAGAGGCAGCGGUAUUGUUACAAGAUGUCCUCUGGUGCUGAAACUGAAAAAACUUGUGAAUGAAGAUGAGUGGAAAGGCAAAGUCAGUUUCCGGGACAAAGAGACCGAGAUAUCAGAUGCUUCGCAGGUGGAAAAGGAAUCAGUGAAGGUAACCCAGGUUGCCAUUGCUGGGGGAGGCACGGGAAUCAGCCAUGAGCUGAUUAGUCUGGAAGUCACCUCCCCUCAUGUCCCAGAUCUGACCCUGAUAGACCUUCCCGGCAUCACCAGGAUCGCUGUGGGCAAUCAGCCAGCCGACAUUGAAUAUCAGAUCAAGUCUCUCAUCAGGAAGUACAUCCUUAAGCAGGAGACCAUCAACUUGGUGGUAGUCCCCGCUAAUGUGGACAUCGCCACCAUGGAGGCACUGUGCAUGGCUCAGGAGGUGGACCUCCAAGGACUGGACCAUAGUCUCUGGGUCUCAGGAAUCUUGACGAAGCCCGAUCUGGUGGACAAAGGCCCCUAAGACAAGGUAGUGGACAUGGUGAGAAACCUCGUCUUCCACCUGAAGAAGGGCUACAUGGUCGUCAAGUGCCGGGGCCAGCAGGACAUCCAGCACCAGCUGAGCCUGACCAAGGCCCUGCAGGAGGAGCAGGACUUCUCUGGGAACCACGCCCAUUUCAGGGAUCUUCUGGAGGAAGGAAGGGCCACGGUCCCGUGCCUGGCCGAAAGACUGACCGCUGAACUCAUCAUGCACUUCUGUAAAUCUCUGCCCCUGUUAGAAAGUCAGAUAAAGGGGAGUCACCAGAGAAUAACAGAGGAACUGCAGAAGUAUGACCCAGAUACCCCGGAAGACGAAAGUGGAAAGAUGUUCUCUCUGAUAGAUAAAAUUGAUGCGUUUAAUAAAGAGAUCACUGAUGUAAUAGAAGGGGAAGAAUUCGUGGGAGAGUAUGACUCUCGGCUGUUUAACAAAAUGCGAACGGAGUUCUACGGAUGGAGUGUUGUGGUUGAAAACGGUUUCCAGAAAGGAAGAACUCUGCACCAGCCCUGCUCACUGGGCUACUGUGCUCACCAGGAGGUCAGCACCCGCAUCUCCAGCCACACCCCCUUGAUCAUCCAGUUCUUCGUGCUCAAGACGUUUGGCCAGCUGCGGAAGGGCAUGCUGCAGCUGCUGCAGAACAAGGACAAGUACGACAGGCUGCUGAAGGAGCGCAGCGACACCAGCAACAGGAGGAAGCUCCUGAGGGAGCCGCUGCAGCAGCUGACCCGGGCUCGGCUCGCCAAGUUCCCCGGCUGA